GGCGCGCGCCUGAGGAGCUGUGUCGGGGUGGGGGGUGGGGGCGGUCCGCCGGUCCGCUCAGGCCUCGGCGCGGCCUAGACGCUCCGCUCGGCUCGCUCGCUCGGUCCCGCCCGCCCGUUCCCGUCCGUCCCGCGCCCCGCCAUGGCGGAGCCUUCGCCGGCCCGACGUCCGGUGCCUCUCAUCGAGUCGGAGCUGUACUUCCUCAUCGCCCGCUACCUCUCGGCUGGCCCGUGUCGCCGAGCGGCGCAGGUGCUGGUGCAGGAGCUGGAGCAGUACCAGCUGUUGCCGAAGAGGUUGGAUUGGGAGGGCAACGAGCACAACAGGAGCUACGAGGAAUUGGUCUUGUCCAAUAAGCAUGUGGCUCCUGAUCACCUGUUACAGAUCUGCCAGCGCAUCGGCCCGAUGCUGGAUAAAGAAAUCCCACCCAGUAUUUCAAGAGUCACUUCUUUGCUUGGUGCGGGAAGGCAGUCUUUGCUACGUACAGCAAAAGACUGCAGGCACACAGUGUGGAAGGGCUCUGCCUUUGCUGCUCUUCACAGAGGAAGACCUCCUGAAAUGCCCGUGAAUUAUGGCUCCCCACCAAGUCUUGUGGAGAUACACCGAGGAAAACAGCUCACAGGGUGUUCCACUUUUAGCACAGCGUUCCCAGGAACUAUGUAUCAGCAUAUAAAGAUGCACAGGAGGAUUCUCGGACAUCUGUCUGCUGUGUACUGUGUAGCAUUUGAUAGGACAGGACAUAGAAUCUUUACAGGGUCAGAUGAUUGUUUGGUAAAGAUUUGGUCAACACAUAAUGGCCGCUUGUUGUCUACGUUAAGAGGCCAUUCUGCAGAAAUUUCAGACAUGGCUGUGAACUACGAGAAUACACUGAUUGCAGCAGGAAGCUGUGAUAAGAUCAUCAGGGUGUGGUGCUUGAGGACCUGUGCCCCAGUUGCUGUGCUGCAAGGACACACGGGGUCAAUUACAUCUUUGCAGUUUAGCCCAAUGGCCAAAGGACCUCAGAGAUACAUGGUCUCCACUGGUGCUGACGGCACUGUUUGCUUUUGGCAGUGGGAUUUGGAGUCCUUGAAAUUCAGUCCACGCCCCCUGAAGUUCACAGAAAAGCCGAGACCUGGUGUUCAGAUGCUGUGCUCCUCAUUUAGUGUUGGUGGUAUGUUUUUAGCCACGGGAAGUACUGAUCAUGUGAUUAGAAUGUACUUUUUGGGGUUUGAAGCACCUGAAAAAAUCGCCGAACUUGAGAGCCAUACUGACAAGGUUGAUAGUAUCCAGUUUUGUAACAAUGGUGACAGGUUCCUAAGUGGUAGCAGAGAUGGAACAGCACGCAUUUGGAGGUUUGAACAGUUGGAAUGGAGAAGCAUCCUACUGGAUAUGGCUACCAGAAUCUCAGGAGACACAGCUUCUGAAGAGGAGAGGUUUAUGAAACCCAAAGUUACAAUGAUAGCUUGGAAUCAGGAUGACAGCAUUGUAGUCACAGCUGUGAAUGACCAUGUCCUCAAAGUGUGGAAUUCCUACACUGGACAGCUGCUUCAUAACUUACUGGGACAUGCUGAUGAAGUGUUUGUUUUGGAGACACAUCCCUUUGAUUGCAGAAUUAUGUUAUCUGCAGGACAUGAUGGCAGCAUAUUUAUAUGGGAUAUUACAAAAGGCAUCAAGAUGAAACAUUAUUUUAAUAUGAUUGAAGGACAAGGGCAUGGAGCCGUGUUUGACUGUAAGUUCUCGCAGGACGGACAGCAUUUUGCCUGUACAGACUCUCAUGGGCAUCUUCUGAUAUUUGGUUUUGGAUGCAGCAAACCAUAUGAAAAGAUUCCUGAUCAGAUGUUUUUCCAUACUGACUACCGACCACUGAUACGAGAUUCCAAUAACUAUGUCUUAGAUGAGCAGACACAACAGGCACCUCAUCUUAUGCCCCCACCAUUCUUGGUAGAUGUAGAUGGGAACCCUCAUCCAACCAAGUACCAGAGAUUAGUACCAGGUCGAGAAAACUCAGCAGAUGAGCACUUGGUUCCACAACUAGGCUAUGUGGCCACAAGUGAUGGAGAGGUGAUUGAACAGAUCAUAAGCCUACAGACCAAUGAUGUUGGUGAAGCCAGCCCCGAAUCCAGCAUUCUUGAUGGGAUGAUCCGGCAGUUGCAGCAGCAGCAGGACCAGAGACUGGGGCUGGAUCAGGAUGCGACUGCAAACGGAGUUUCACAUGGGGAGGAGACUCCCCGAAGAGGGGGUUUUAGAAGACCGAGUUUAGACAUUCAGUCUCCUCCAAAUAUCGGUCUCCGCCGGAGUGGACAGGUUGAAGGUGUUCGUCAGAUGCAUCAGAAUGCUCCCCGGAGUCAGAUUGCCACAGAGCGUGACCUGCAGGCUUGGAAGCGGAGAGUGGUUGUUCCAGAGGCACCACCAGGCCUGUUCAGGCGAUUGGAAGAUUUUCGCAUUGAGAAAGGCGAAGAGGAGAGAAACCUGUAUGUGAUAGGGAGGAAAAAGAAGUCUUUCCAGCUCUCACCAAAGUCAGAUUCAGUGGUUUUAGUGUCCCAGUCUAGACAACGAACUUGUAGGCGUAAAUACGCAAAUUAUGGUAGAAGAAGUGCUGGCCGGUGUGAAUUAUCUUCUGGAAAUGAAUCUUCAGGCUCUGUCAGACAUGAGACUUCUUGUGAUCAGAGUGAAGGCUCUGGUUCUUCAGAGGACGAGUGGAGAAGUGACAGAGGAAGUGAGAGCGACAGUGACAGCUCAAGUGACUCUUCGUCUCGGUACUCUGAUUGGACAGCUGACACAGGAAUCAACUUGCAACCUCCAUUAAGGAUGUCGUGUCGCCGCCGGGUAACCCGGUUUUGUAGUAGUUCAGAGGAUGAGAUGUCUACGGAGAACAUAUCUCCUCCAAAGAGAAGGCGGAAAAGAAGGAAAGAAAGCAAGCCUAAAAGGGAGAGUUUGCGAAGGACGACUCCAGCAGAGCUAGCAGAUGCGGAGCAUUUGUACGAGUUUCACCCUCCUGUGUGGAUAACUGACACGGCACUUCGCAAGUCUCCCUUUGUUCCUCAGAUGGGUGACGAGGUGAUAUACUUCCGUCAGGGUCAUGAAGCUUACAUUGAAGCUGUCAGAAGAAAUAAUAUCUAUGAGCUGAACCCUAAUAAGGAGCCAUGGAGGAAGAUGGAUCUCAGGGAUCAAGAGUUGGUCAAAAUAGUUGGAAUAAGAUAUGAGGUUGGACCACCAACGCUCUGUUGCCUCAAACUAGCAUUUAUAGAUCCGGCAACUAGUAGACUUACAGAUAAAUCUUUCUCCAUUAGAUAUCACGAUAUGCCAGAUGUUAUCGAUUUUCUUGUGUUGCGUCAAUUUUAUGAUGAAGCAAGACAGAGAAACUGGCAGCCUUGUGACAGAUUUCGAUCUAUUAUUGAUGAUGCUUGGUGGUUUGGAACUGUGCUGAGUCAAGAGCCGUAUCAACCGCAGUAUCCUGACAGUCAUUUCCAGUGUUACGUUGUAAGGUGGGACAAUACUGAAAUUGAAAAGCUUAGCCCAUGGGACAUGGAGCCAAUUCCUGACAAUGUUGAUCCACCAGAAGAAUUGGGAGCAAGUAUCUCUGUCACUUCAGAUGAGCUAGAGAAAUUGCUUUAUAAACCACAAGAUGGCGAAUGGGGCCGGAAGUCAAGAGAUGAGGAGUGUGAGCGCAUCAUCAGUGGUAUAGACCAGCUCCUGAACCUUGAUAUAGCAGCAGCUUUUGCAGGCCCGGUGGAUCUAUGUACAUAUCCAAAGUAUUGCACAGUGGUGGCCUAUCCAACUGAUCUUUACACAAUUCGAAUGAGACUUGUUAAUCGAUUUUAUAGGCGGUUAUCUGCAUUGAUUUGGGAAGUCCGAUAUAUAGAGCAUAAUGCAAGAACAUUUAAUGAACCGGAAAGUGUAAUUGCAAGGUCAGCUAAAAAAAUAACCGACCAGCUUCUGAAAUUUAUUAAGAAUCAAGAUUGUACAAACAUAUCAGAACUGUCUAACACAUCGGAAAAUGAUGACCAGAAUGCCGAUGAAUUGGACGAUAGUGAUCUCCCUAAAACAUCUUCUGGAAGGAGAAGGGUCCACAACUGGAGAAAGAGGAGCAGCAGAGCCACCAGCUGUGUUGAGAGCGACUGGAGGAGGCAGUGCAAAGCCUUGCUUAUCUUGAUCUUCCAGUGCGAGGACUCUGAGCCUUUCAGACAGCCUGUGGACCUGGUCGAAUACCCAGAUUACCGAGAUAUUAUAGAUACUCCAAUGGAUUUUGGAACGGUAAGGGAAACUCUAGAAGCUGGGAAUUAUGAUAGCCCUGUGGAAUUCUGCAAAGAUAUCCGAUUGAUAUUUAGCAAUGCAAAGGCCUAUACACCCAACAAAAGAUCAAAGAUUUAUAGUAUGACCUUGAGAUUGUCUGCUUUGUUUGAAGAAAAAAUGAAGAAAAUCUCCUUUGAUUUUAAAAUUGGUCAAAAAUUUAAGGAGAAACUUCGGCGAAGCCAAAGAUUUAAGCAACGGCGAGGUUGUAAUGGUGCCUUUCGGGCUGACAGAAGUAUAAGAAAUAUCAAACAGAAGCAGAUGAAAUCUCAGACAAAAGUAAUUCCACAGUUGAUGUGUCCUUCCUCCCAGUCUACCUCAAGUAGGGCACCUGUGUCCUCAGCCUGCAAGACAAGCACUGGUGCCUCUUCAGGCUUCACCUCUGGGGACUCUUCAGACUCAGCGGGGCCACCAGGGAGAACGAGAAGACAUAGAUCUGAAAUACUAAGGAAUGGCUCUGAGCUGUCGGAAAGUGAAAUGGAAGAUUUCAUAGCUACCUCUUCAUCUUCGCCUAGUUCUGAGGAAAGCAAAGAGAGCCCCAGAGCUGCAGAGAGCUCCCUGCGCAGUGGCUUCUUGAGAAGCAGCAAUCUCAGGGUGACGAGAACACGAGCCGCUCAGAGAAAAGCUGGUUCUGUUUCUUUAGAAAAUGGAUGUGGCAGAAAAGCCACUCGGAAGAGAGCCUACCUAAGUGAUUCUGAUAACAACUCCGUGGAGACAGAUGAAGAUCUGAAGGGCAAGGCUGGAAACACCCGGAAAGUCCUCCGGAAGUGUGCUGCUGUUGCUGCCAACAAGAUAAAGUUAAUGAGUGAUGCGGAAGAAGACUCGAGCUCUGAGAGCCUCUGCUCUGGCCGUAAGCUGCCACAUCGCAACGCCUCGGCUGCAGCUAGGAGAAAGUUACUACACAAUUGUGACGACCUUAAGUCAGAGACGGAAGAAAAAGACCAGAGCCGAGGAGCGCAGCUGCUGUCUGGUCCUCACUCCUCCCAAGACAGUGUCAGUGACUCAGACAGUGACUUGAGAGUGGCCCGGAAGAACUGGCACGCGAACGGCUGCACAUCCCACACUCCAGCAACAGGCAAAACAAAGUUCCUUCCAAUAGAGUCUUCUGAGGAAGACUCCAGAUGUCCCGAAUCAGAUGAUGGGCUCAGCAGCACUGCUACCCCUUCAACAUCUGGGCAGAAACUUGGGACAGAGAACAUCUCUGAGGAAGUUGACUCUGAACCAGGAAGCAGUAAAUUAUGCAAGAAUGCACAUUUGUUUAAGAAGGCGACUGUCUUGAGCGAUUCAGAAGAUUGUGAAGAACAAGGACGGAAGAGCAAGAGACUUCGCACAGCGGAAGGAGACCCAGUCCCUGAGGCCUUGAAGAGUGAAGCUGUUUCUGUGCUGCAGGGUCUCUCGGGUCCUGGGUCUGAGACUGAAGUGGAUUCUGAUGUUGGCACAGCGAAAGAUAAAUUGCACAGCGAUAUGAAUGAUUCUCUGUCUCAAGAGAAUGGACAAAGCAGAAAAAUUUCCCAGAAAAGGGUCUGUUCCAGUGACUCGGAAAGCAAUCUCCAGGUUAUGAAGAAGUCACCCAGGAUUACUCGAAGUGCUAGUGUGGCUGCUGAUAAAACCAAGCUCACAAGUGAUGCAGAAAAUGUCACCUUAGAAAGGGUGUGUACUCGAGGCAGAAGGAGAAGGAAAAAGCCCAUCCGAUUGGCCUGUACCCCAGCAAAGAAGAUACCGAGUGGUGGUGAGACACACGCACACUGUGAAGUGCCAGAGGCACAACGUGCCUGCGGUAGCAACCUCCCCGAGUCUGAAUCCCAAGGUAGUACAAAAAAUGCCAGUGAGUCUGUAAAUGCAGAGUUGGAUUCUGAAGGGGCUUCCAGUGUUGAGCAUACUGAAAGCAUACAGAAGAGGCAUACGGACACUGUGGACAUCAGAAUGCCGCCUAAAACUCGGAGCUCCUCUGCUAGACCUUCUCAGGAAGACCCCCAAAGCCACACCCCAGAUAGUGAGAUUAGCUUGUCUUCUGAAUCAGUUUUGGCCCAAAAAGCUAUCACAGAGAAUAACUUUGAAGAAGACCUGAAUUAUGGGUUACGGAGGUGGAAUGGCAGAAGGCUCAGGACAUAUGGAAAAGCCCCUUUCGAUAGGACAGCACAACUGACUCACAGUCUGCAGGCUUCGGCAGAGGUUCGAGGGAAGAGGAGACUGCGUCCUGAGCUAGACAGUGUGGACACACCUGGACAGACGGAGACUUCAGCGUGUGUACCUGACACCAGCCCUAAGUCUUCAGAUUUGGGGUCAGUGACUGAAUCUGAUGCUGAGUGUACUGAUAACACAAAAGCCCCGAGGAAGGAGAAAAGGAAAGGAAAAGCAAAGGUGGUUAGAAAAGGUAAAACCCAUCCCUCUAACCCGUCUAAGACUGCACGACAUCAAAGACAGAGUAAAUGUCCCCGGUUGAGUGUGGAUGACAACGACUGGGAAGAUUUGGACUAUGCAAAAGCUAAAAGAGUUGUUCGGCGCUCAAAAAUAAAAACAAGAAAUCAGGGUAGGAGAACGGUGAGAUACCAUGAUGGGGAAGAUGACAGAAGCAUAGAAAACGCAUUGGAGCUCAGUGACUGCACCUUGUGACCUUGAGAGCCAGCGUGCUCACAGCGACUGGAAUGUAUUGUGAAAGCUGGCUUACAAUUCAGGGAAUAUAUUUAUAUUUUUCUAUGAGAAGUUUGUGAAUGUGACUAAAUCAUGACUGUUAUUUUUAUUUGCACUUGCUGGUUUUUGAAGCAGCAUUCAGCACAGGUGCCAAAAUAUGCUUCAUUUUGGGGGCAGAUCUACUUUGACAGUAUUGAAUACAGACAGCAAGAGUUCGAGACACGUUAAACACUAGACGACUUGGUUACCCAAACCACUGAGCAUUACUUUGUAACAGCAGUGUCACGCAGUUAUUUUCUGAAUUUGUCCAGAAGUGGUAGUUUCUAAACCCCUGCCAUGUAGUUAAAGUAGGAGAAAAAUCCUCGUGACCUAUGUUUACAGAAUCUUGAUAAAUAUUAUGUGCAUACUGACAUUAUAAUCAUGGCGAGUGUAACCAUGAUUAGUAGGCAAGGCACCUACCACUUUUUUUUUUUUUUUACUAUUUUUUUUUAAUCAUUUUCCCUGGAGACUUGAGUAAGAUACAUUUACCCGCAUCUGGUCAUCUUUAUUAACAUGGCUUCCACUUUUUCCCAAAUGCUUGUUGGGUCUUACUCUUAUCUUUUUAAGGAAAACCUGAUGACUUUAAUGUUUAUAAACUUGAAUUUAUAAAGUGCUGGUAAAUGAUUUUACAUGUUUGGAGUGCAUAAUUUAAAGGUCUAGGUUGAGAGAAUAGUUAGAAUAUUUUCUUUUAGAUAGUUCACUGACAAAUUGUUCCUUGGUUUUUUUUGUUUUGUUUUGUUUUGUUUUUGUUCAAGAUUUACUUUCCAUUAGGAUUUACCAAAUUCUUGCUUUUCCAUAAUCUUACUCUAAAGUAGAGAAGUUUGUGUGCCUUAGAUUUAGGGAAAGUGUUCUUUAAUAAGAGGGCAGGGCUAAUGGUAUUUCAGUUCUGUGUAGAUUUUCCUCUGUCAGAACUGUAGAGUUCAGAGUACAAUUGUGAAUCCUAGCUAUGUCCUUCUCCAUCCUUGAACUUACUGCUGUCAUGUGCAUCAUCAGCAUCCUUUGCUGGGACCUCUAGUGUAAGAAAGUCAUGUUUGAGGCACAGUGAUUUUGAAAUCAUUUGAAGUGAACAUCACAUCACCCUCAAUACUAGAGUACAUUUAUUUUUGAGCCAGGUUCAUUUCUUUGUUGAGUUGCUUAUUUUUGGUCUACUGUAGAUAGCUCUUCCAGGUAGGUUUCCCUUGAGUUUCCGUGAGUGAUAGGGAUAUGUGGUUUACACACCUUCGAGUGAUUUUUGACCAUAGUUGUGUUUGCUUUCAUAUAUAAACUGCCCCCUUUCCCUCCUCUUUUCCUGGGGUGGCAGAUCAGGAAGAACAUCUGAUGUUCUUUGGUGUCACAAUUCCUUUUGGCAGGCAGCACUCCUCUGUUCUCAUGCAAGAGAUGGGGUUGGCUUUGGGAGUUUCCAGCGGUGGUUGGUAGGUGCUGUUUCUCAGGGUAGUGAUCUCUGCCCACCACACAUGGGAGGUUAGAUGCUUACCAUAGAGUAGAUGGAAGGUCCUGUUGUCUUUGGCCAUCGACCAGAAAUACGUUUGAUUCCUGUUACAUCCCUCAGAAUUUUAGCUGCAUGUUUACCAUUAUCUGCAAAAAGGCACCAAAAAUCCAUAAAUGAAUAUGAAGUGCACUCAUAAGUGAGUUUGGGUUUCAUGUGCAGAACGGUUCUCAGGCUUAGACUAAGUUUUAAAUGAUAGUUGAUUAGUCUACAGUCCUUUCUAAAACUCCCACUCCCCCUUUCUUUUUGGUCCAAUUGUGUAGAAGCAGUAUUUCGGGUUCAUCAGAGAACAGAAGUGACUCUGGUGACCUUGGGUGGGAUUGUUGACAGUGACUCUCAACUUGUGAAGUCAAGAUGAGGGGUUGGGAGGAAGUAUUUUUGUGGGGUUUUGUUUUUCAUUUUUUUCUUUUUGGUUAUGGUGCUAUUUCUAACAUGAAAUUUGAAUAUGUGACACACUCCUAAGUACCAUUAAGGAUUAAGGAUGAUUAAUAAAUAAUAGUUAAAAUGUUUACAUUGAGCACUAGGUGUUUAAAUGCGCAGGGAUUUAAUGCACAGAUGUACUUUAAUGUUGAGGAUCAGUUGGUCUUUUUGGGAGCGUUACAAGGUGAAUGUGAACUGGUCCAGAGACAAGUGCUCCAGCUUCUGUUGCACUUGAAGUAUUAGUGGUGUAUAUGUAAAAGUAGACUUCUCCCCACUCGAGUUUUGUAUGUCCAAAGUCUAUGCUUUUAUUCAUUUAUGAUUUUUUAAAGUAUUUAGGUUUGAUUUUUACUUCUUUUGAAAUUUUAAUAUUUCCAAGCAUAUUAAGAAAGAAAGAUUUAAAAGGAUUCCCCUCAAUAUCUAUUUUAAAAAGGUGUCCUGACAAUGUACGGUAAUUUAUGAAUAAAGAAAAUGUGUCCCAUUAUCAGGUAAUCCUAGGGUGGUCAUUGUUUUUAUUUUUUAAAAUGGAAAACUUCUGAUCAAAUAAUGCCUGAGGUUAGUGUGACCCUGGGAACUAUGGUACGACAGUUGUGGCUAUCUCUAAGGGAUACCAACACAAAGGCUUCUUCUGUGUAAUGAAAUGAGGCUGCACCUAAGGGGAAGUUGGGUUUGAAUACAACAUGUUUUUAAAAAGCACUUCAUGCCCCGGGAGAGCAGUGCAGAAAGGUUAUAAACAGGUCCAGCUGUACCACCAGAAGAGUGCGCUGCCCAGACAGUAAGGUGUGUCGCUAAACCUUUGCCCUCCUUGAUGCCUUCUUAGGGUAGUGAUGGGCUCACACUGCGCUCCCAGUUUCUGUGGUAGUUUCCCCUAAAUCACUGUACUGUAUGGAAAAAAAAUUGAAUUGGGUCUUAGUCUCUUCUACAAGUUGAAGUUGAUUGUGUCAACUGAAAAAAAGACUUAUGAGGUUUGUGAUCAAUAGAAUGCAAAACAUUAAAGAAACGUGAUUGUUUUUGUUUUCCUCUUCAGUCCAUUGUAUUGAUUAUGCUAGCAACGUUCACAGGCUCAAAAUGGCCUUCUCCUUUAAUGGUUGAAGUAACCAGCUCCAUUCUUUUAUCAGCAUUAAGCCAAUGUGUUUCAGAUACCUUACAGUUGUAACCAAAACCUUGAGUUUUUCCUCAUAGUCCCUUUAGUGUGCAGGAGCCUUGCAAAGCCUGCCUUCUGCUGACCCUCACCUUUGGCUGUGGAGAGCAGGAAGUAGUAAAGAAGCAGAAGACACCAGUCGGCACGGGAUCCAGUUAAAUCUGGCCUCCCAGUGCUUUGUAACACGUGGUCCAACCCAAAUUUGUUAAUGCAGGGGUUGAGAUGGUGUGCGCUCUAAUUAGGUUAGUGAAUGUGAGUCCUCCAUGUAGUUUCUGUUGUCAUUCCUGGGAGGCUGUGUUGUCUUUUCUUACAUUUUAACAUUCUAGAAUUAUUUUUAAGUGUCCCUGAGGAUACCUGGGAAUUUUCGAAAUUAAAGAGUUGGGGGUUUUUUUGUUCGCUUUAAACAAUUUCUGUAUUAUCUGCAAAGCUUGUGUCUAGUAUACUACCACAUUGCUAGGAAAAUUACCUCCUUAAUCGGUGUCUUCUUGUGAAUUUUUUGGUUAGAGUCCCAGCAUCUUGAUUCCUGUCGUCCGUGUGUAAAUAGUGUGGCAAGACUUGAUAGACUCCACUGAAUUCUAAUGUGUGCUUGCUACACUGCGUGUGUUAAAGACAAGUGUAUUAUUAAGGCCUUUACUUUUUAUAUUUUAAAUUUUCAUUUUUUUAUAUGUAUGUGUUUUGCCCUGCCCACAGAGACCAGAAAAGAGUGGGUAUCAGAUCCCCGGGGACUAGAGUUACAGAGGGUUGUGAGCGACCCCGUGUGUUCUGGGAAUCAUUUCUAGUGACUCCUGAGUUCUCAGCCUUUUCUCCAGGCCUUUAUUUUCUGAGACACGGUUGUUUCAAGAGAAUGUGUGGUGUUGACCAGCCUGGAACACAGACAUCUAUGUGCCUUUGUCUUUCCCCAGGUCUGGGAUCAAGUUUAUCAAAGCGUCUGAAUUGGCCCAGAAGUGGCAACAUUAACCAUCUUGAUUUUAGCAGGAUCAGUUGCAGACUGCCCCACCUCCAUCCCCUAGUAGUUUGGACUUCUGUUUUCAUCAAUGUUGGAAAAGUUGAAAGUAUUUUUAAUUUCUAAGUAUAAAUCGUGUAAUUCUAAGUAUAAUUUCUAAGUAUAAAA